AUUCAUCUGUAUUUUGUUUUUUAGGUAUCACUAUAAUACUUUAAUAAACUUUUCUCCUUUAUGUCAAAUUAACCAUGAAAUGUAGUACUCAACACUAAUGCUAUAGGACUAUAACAAUACGACUAUACAAGUGAGAUUGAUCCACAUUGCACAUAGCUCUCUUUAGCUGUUUUCGUUGGACUAUGUUUUGGAUUUUCUGAAGCUUUUCUAGGCCAAUAGAAGGUUCUGGUGUUUUUUUCUUUGUUUCUUGGUUGUUAUAGUUUUCGGCAUGCCGAGAUUUCUGCUGUGUUGUGCUGUGUUGUAGGCUUGUAGUGCUUGCUUUAAUGUUCUGCUACAUCUCAUUCACCCUAUCCUCUUCUCUGUCUCUGUUUUAAAUGUCCCUGAUGCUUUAAACUGUUGCUUCAUACUCUUUUUGUCGUUUUAUAGUUAAAAUUUUGUUGUGCUUGUGGUGAAGUUCUUUCUUGUUUUCUGUUUGAUUACUCUGAUCCUCUUCCAUCGUCAAUUUACUAAUGGAUAUAAUACUUUUCAGGAUAGUUAAUAUGCUGCGCGUGUAACCCAAUGCUUGUUAUAUUUAACGAUAAAACCUCUUAAUCUGUGAUUGUGAAAAAUGAUGGAAUCUUUCCCAAUAACUCAGACCUAAGAUCUAAAAGUAUUUGCAAAUACACCAUUUCCUUAUAAUACAAUUACUCGAUUUUAUUGAACCUAAAGCACAUGGUUUGUCAAAUGUAAUUUGGAGACUCUUUACUACUUGAUGUCCUAUCUAGUCUGAAGAGAUUGACAAAGAUAAGUUUAUUAUACGUAGUUUGGGUUGUGGCAGUUCAACACUUACGUGGCCUGAGUUUUUCAGAUAAUUAGUAAAAAUUUAGAAUGCUCUUAAAUAAUGUGUGUGGUAUUUAACCUUUUAAUUUCUGUUACAUUGAAAUGCACUAUGGUCCAGCGACAGUACAUGUGUGUGUGUAUGAAAACAGGAUUCCCUUAAGAAGUCGAAUGUUCAUUUUUAGCCUCUUUAACCUUCUCUUUUUUAAAGAGAACUUUUCAAUUUUAAUUUUGUGUAGUACACACAUCUGCUAUUUGUGGUUGAAUAGAAUGAUUUGGAGACAAGGAGUGUAAACCAAGCCACCUCUUCUGUUCUUUCCCUAUGAUUUGGAGGCAAGGAGUGUAAACCAAGCCACCGUCUAUUAUAUCUCUAAGAGAGAAAAUACCUUGUGCUUUAUUCUAAAUUUGGUAUUUUGAGGAAGGAAGAAACUUAGAAAAGGUCCUUUUCUUUGAUCAAGGGGUAUCUCUCAUAGUCAUUAUUGGUUCUCUUCUUUUAGUUGAUUAUUUGCCUCCAAAUACUCUCAUUAGGUUUCUCUUCUUAGGUUCUCUUCACCAUCAGAAGAACUUAGUUAUCUUCCAUGGAUAACGAAGAGAACAAACAGAAUGAUACGUAUAGGAACAGUAUACCCUAUGUUCAACUCAACUGGAUCGACUCAGAUUACGCUUUUGCUUUGGCGUUGCAGGAACAGGAAACACCGUUGACACCAUUUUUGGCGAGUGAAAGUGAGUCAAGUGAUAGCGACGAGGACUUUGAAGGUGAUUCUGAGACUGAUGACUACUUGUCUAAUGAAAUGAAUGAAAUUGAUGAAGCCGAACUAUUGGAUCUCAAUGGAGAAGCGAGCAACGAUGAUGAGGACAUGGAAGAGGACGAAAUCGAUCCAGAUGAAUUAUCCUAUGAGGAUUUGAUUGCAUUGGGAGAAUUCGUUGGAACUGAGAACAAAGGGCUGUCGACAGACAAAAUCAAAUCUUGCAUAACUCCUUAUGCAUGUAAAUCACUACUGGAGGGAAAAUAUGGGGUUGAUCAGUGUGUAAUCUGCCAAACCGAGUAUGAAGAAGAAGAGCAAGUAAUGACACUUCCAUGUGACCACAUGUACCAUUCAGAAUGUAUAACUACAUGGCUUCAAAUCAAAAAGGUUUGUGCCAUAUGCAACACUGAGAUCUCCGAAAAUCUUCCUUGACGCCUUAUUUACUUUCCUGAUUCAUCUGCUCAAUGUAAAAAUGUAACAGAAAUGAAUGUAUAGUUAUGGUUUAGCUGUCAGUUUGAAAUCCAUUGAACUUAUUUGACCAAAGAGCCGCUGGUACAGUUUUAUCAGUUGUCCAAUUGUUUCAUUCAAGUGCACUGAUAGAUGUUGCAUGCUGAUCUGAAUAAAGAAAGUCACUGACCCGUAAUUUUGUUCAAGAGAGUGAACAUGUCAUGUCAUAAACAUCAAUGACAAUUAGACUCCUAAUUUUGGCCGACUUUGCAAACGCACGUGUGAACACACUUGUACUGGAUAUAUAGGCCUUACUUUUAGGCCCAAACCAAACCCCAUUAGCCCGACAUUCUGUCGUGCAAAGAGAUCGAUUGAUCCAGGGACAGAAAGAGAGCGUAGACAACACCCCAUGUGCCUCUGCUCUUUAAAAUGACAAAUUCCAUUUCUUUAAAAUCCACGAGCAUUCUUCAUUUUCACUUCACAUUCUUAGAGUGCGUCUACAACAUCAUGAAUGGAUGCAAUGAAGAAGGAAAUUACAGUAAUUUCUGCAACAUUCAUCCAACUAAAAUUCAAAUAGGAGUUUGUUCCCUCUGCUUAAAAGAAAGACUUGUCAUCUUAUUAGCAACAUCAUCAUCAAAAUACAAACAGCGUUCCAGGAGAAGAUCUACAUCCUCAAGAAAAUCUCAUCACAUUUAUGUUCUUCAAAAAGUUUCUACAUUGGGCUCGUUCCUUCGUCGCUCUGAGUCCUCUCGGCGUGGACAGAGAUUGGCCGCGAAAUCAACUGACACUGACGAUACUUCCACCAGUACUAGUAGUCAAGAAGAUUCAUUCAUUUCGAUCAAGUUUGAAGACAAUGGUAAUGCCUCGUGGGUGAAGGAUUCUACAGAACAUUGUAAACCUCACUCAUCGGUGACGGCCACAGUAACAGAACCGUUGAAAGCUAAAAAGAUAAUGCACAAUGUCAAUACUACUACUACUACAGAGACGAUGAAAAGGAAGAAGAAGAAGAAGAAGAAGAAGAAGAAGAAGAUGGACACUGAUAAUAGAAUUACUAGUAUUGUGGAGCACCAUGGUGGUACCACGGGCUCAGAUGGUGGAGCGGGAAUGCUUAGGUGGAGAAAGAGGGUUGGGCAAGUUCUGUUCCAACUUGUAAGGCUUAAGAAGUCAACAAUGAUGGAAAGUGGUUGCCAAGAUAGUAGAAGUAACAAAGGCAAGAAAAGCAGGAGCAGCAGCAGCAAUUCACUUAAGAUUAGGAAUAAGAAAAAUUGGAUAAAGACUAUGACAAAGAAGAGGGACCAUCAUCGGGUAUGAAAUGAAAAGCCAAAUUGGUUAAAUUAACCGUAGAGAAAGAGAAAGGACAUUUCUUUUCUUUUGCACCAAUGGUUCAUGUGGUUGUUUUAUAAAGUCUGGUCCAAAGAUUGGAUAAUUAUUAUUGAGAUUGGAGUGAACUUUCCUACUACUACAUAUGAAAGCACCAUAAAAAGAUAUAGACGUUGUUUCCUAUUGAGGUGGACCUGUCCAUCUCUCUUUUUCUUGUCUUCUCACUUGUCACAUUAGAUGUUUGCCUGUCUACUGUACUGCUCGUGCUGGAUAAGCAAGCGCUGGGGUGAAGCUUCACAUAUACAUAUAUGUGUUAGUCUUUCUCCCCUUUAUCUAAGAGCAGAGUCUGAGUUUUAAUGGUUGAAUUUUUGAAUUUUUUGCCAUUUUGGGAGGGUAUUGCUUGAUGUAAUGACAGUUUGAUUUUCGAAUGCA